AUGUCCUCAACGAUUCAACAGCCCUCAAAUAUCAUCCAACCUCCUCCAGCAAACGCAUGCCGUACUCAAGAUGGCAACGAUCUCCUCUGGCUCGGCGCAUCAUCAUCCUUCCACCCCGUCCCCAUGACAUUCCACCCAAGCCCCCUCACCCUCCCUCCUAUCCAUCUCCUCCAAACUACCCACACACUCCACUCCCCCGCUGAGAAACGUCCUAUCCUUCCGAUCCCUAUCAGCCAAGAUGGAUGGUGGGAGUCUCCGACAGACAUUCUUUUCCACCACCACCACCCCUCCCUGUCUUAUUCGUCUUGUGCUUCCAUGCAGGAAGAAGAUCGUUCGUUGGGUGAAUCGAUGAGGUCGUACCCUACCAAAGCCGCUUUGCAGACGGCAAAUAAGCAGGAGGGGAGGAUGGAGAAGGCAAAGUUGUUGAGGAUUGACGUUGAAGCUGGGAAGGGAGAAGAAGAGGUGGAGAUUCUGCCGUUCACGCCUAUCACCCCGGAAAACUUGAAGAGAUUGGGGGAUCAACCCACUCGUCUAGCCGAUACGCCUCAGACACCUCAGACUUCUCGACUUAUGAUCAUCAACUGCCACGCCUUUCCCGCUACUCCCACUCCCAACCCCCACCAGCCCUCGCACCCUUUCAUCACCACCACCAAAGAACCCGAAUGCACCGACGAAAGCCCCAUGGACCUGGACCCCAGUCAGCUUCAACUCCAAACAGCAGGUUCCAGAAAAUUCGAUGAGAUGGAGAUCGAUAAGGGUACGUUCGGGCAAAAGGAUUCUCGGGACGAGUUGGUAGAACGUACGGGGUGGGUUGCCAAGCGCGCUCGUAUGGGUAGUCCUUGA